CCAACAAUGAAUAGCAACAGCUACUACGACCAGCCGCCCCAGACUUACUACCAGGGCGAGGAGCAGGAGGAGAUGCCGGCCACCGAGAAGGACCUGGCCGAGGACGCGCCCUGGAAAAAGAUUCAGCAGAACACCUUCACCCGCUGGUGCAACGAGCACCUCAAGUGCAUGAACAAGCGGAUCGGGGACCUCCAGAAGGACCUCAGCGACGGCCUGAAACUCAUCGGCCUCCUGGAAGUCCUGAGCCAGAAGAAGAUGUACCGCAAGUACCACGCCCGCCCCAACUUCAGGCAGAUGAAGCUGGAGAACGUCUCGGUGGCCUUGGAGUUCCUAGACCGGGAACACAUCAAGCUGGUCUCCAUCGGAAACAGAGAUGCGGCGGGCCCCACACAUGCGCACGUACAGCCGCCACCUCUUCACCUCUUUGCAAGGGCCUCGUCUCAGAGGCUGGCAAGACCGAAAGGCAGCCUGCGCUUUGAAAGGAAAUGUCUUUCAGUGUGCGGAGAGGAGGGUGGAUAG